AUGUGCGGGCUAACAGCCAUCAUCCAAUCCGGCAGUCCACAAAACGAAUCAUCGGAACGAGGCGCCGAUGUGCAAAGUAAACUAACACGAAGCCUAUCUCUCCUUCAGCAUCGAGGGCCAGACGCAGAAGGAACAUGGAUAAACAGCGACGCUACCGUCGGCAUGCUUCAUCUCAGCUCCAUUGACUCAGAUUUUUCGCCAACGGGCCUUCAACCCUUACACAGUGAAGAUGAGAAAAUCCACGUCGUCGUGAACGGCGAGAUUUACGACCACUUCGCCAUCCGCGGCCGCUGUACCACCGAGUUCGAUUACAACUUCUCCGGGAGGAGCGACAGUGAAGUCAUCCUGGCUCUGUACCAACACCACGGAGUUCGCGGGCUCUUUAAGCACCUGCGUGGCGAAUUCGCCUUCGUCUUAUACGGUGAGCGAUCCGGUGAUGUUAUCGCCGCGAGGGACCGUUUCGGCAUCAAGCCUCUUUUCUGGACAUACAGUAGCGAGACGCCGGCCAAACUCUUGAUCGCCUCGGAGAUCAAGGGGUUUCUGCCCAUGGGGUGGGGGCCCGAGUGGGACGUCGAUGCCAUCUGCAGCGGUGCGGCGGUUCUAGGCGAAGGUACGCUGUUCAAGGGAGUGAAGAAGGUGUUGCCGGGGCAUUGGGUGCAGUUCGGUCGAGACGGGAGCGUGACGCAGCAUCGGUAUUGGGAUGCCGAGUAUGCGGAUAAGACCGUCAAAGAGACACGCAGUAUGGAUGAGAUGGUCGACGGAGUUCGCGAGCGCUUAGUAGAUGCCGUACGCCUCCGCCUCCAAGCCGAUGUCCCCGUCAGCAUCUAUCUUUCAGGUGGUCUCGACUCGUCCAUUGUGGCUGGUAUAACAACGCAGCUCGUACGAGAAAGAGGAGUGAAGCCGGGGAACCAGGAUAAGAAAGAUAGGAUCACUUGCUUUAGCAUCUCCUUUGCUUCUGAUUCCCAGUAUAACGAAUACGCACCACAACUUGACAUGAACAGCGUCGGGAAGUACGCCCUCUCAGAGCUACCUCGCCAGCAAGGGAUCCCCAUCGUGCUGACGGGUGAGGGGGCAGAUGAGAACUUUGCAGGGUACCCAUUCCUAGUCUCCGACUUCCUCCGUGAGCCCGACGAUGCCUUGCCGUUGACGGAACUAACGAAGGAUACCGAGCUUCGGGAAGCGCUAAACGAGUCCGCCGCAGCGCAGUUGCGAAGCAUCCUCCCCUCGGCGCUGUACGUCUUCCUCAAGACCUCCAUGGCGAACAUGGUCUUGACCUGUCUGGGCGACAGGUCGGAGAUGGCGCACAGUACCGAGGCGCGUCUCUCGUUCCUGGACCACGAGCUGGCGGAGUACGUCAAUGGGCUUCCACCGAGGGUCAAGAUGAGCUAUAGUAAGCCCGAGGAUUCCAUAGAAACCAAUAACGACGAGAAAGAGAAGAGAAAGAAAGUAGCGCCUCAGAGCUUCUUCUGGGAGAACAUGGCCGCCGUCCGAGAUCGCAUCAUUGACAAGAAGGUCCUGCGGGAGGCAGGGCGGCCGUUCAUCACGGACAAGAUCUACAACCGCAAGAAGCACCCGUACUCGUCCCCAUGGAAGUGGCCCGUGGAAGGGCCGAUGCAGCGAAUGUUUAGGGGGUUGCUGACGAAAGAGGCGGUCGAAUGCCUUGGCUUUGUCGACUUUGGGAGCAUAUCACGGUGUCUUGAGACUGCAUCUGGUGAAAGCGGUGACCCCGCAGUGUUCAGGAAGAUACUUGUCGUCGGCACCUGGGGGGUUUUGAGUCAGAAAUUUGGCGUGAAACCGGCCAGAUCUCAGAGAUAG